GUACCAUUCGGGGGAGGCGGGCGGGGAGGCAUGCCACAGACUUGACGUGUGCGUGUCUGCGAGGGGGGGAAUGUUCCAUUGCGCGUGGGUGAGGAAGGCUCCAUGUGGUGCUUCUGGAGGGCCCCGUCGAGGGUGAUACCUCUGCAUUCAGCAAGGGGGGCAGAGGGAGGCAGGAGGUACCACUUAGGGGACUGAGGGGGGGCAACUUUUGGUUUUGGGGGUGCCUCUCUGGGGAAUGCCAGGCAGUGCCAGCGCAUGGGGCAAGUGGUGCCAUUUUGAGCUGUGGUAUCGUAAGGGGUGUGCCUUUCACCCAAAGAGCAUCAAUAAGCGGGUAUUGGAAGGGACCAUGCCCAGGCCCCGCUGCUCUUAGGGGGCUGUGAGGGGUGCGUGGCGGUGGUGGUGGUGUUUUUGGGCAAGCCAGGAGCCCAGAGGACCCCCUGGCCGCCAUGGCCUCCAACUGCACCGGAGGCACGGCCUCGGCGAACGUCGGCGCGGCCAUCGGAGCGGCGCUGAGCGCUUCCAAGACCAAGACGAAGAAGAAGCAUUUUGUGUGCCAGAAGGUGAAGCUCUUCCGAGCCUCGGAGCCGCUCCUCAGCGUCCUGAUGUGGGGAGUCAACCACACGGUGAGCAAGAGAGGCAUGCAAACGUAGGUAGAUCCCUACUCCCACUUCCCUUGAGUCACGCACAGGCGAGAGACGAAAUGUGGCAUUCAUCCAUCUCCAUUAGGAGAGGUACACCUUCUCAUGCCAUGAGUCUUAGUGGCAGAUCUUUCGCAUCACCUGUUUGUUUGUUUUCAGUGACUAAGCUCGGAAGAACCAGUUCUUACAGGUCCUGUUGCCAACAUGGAUUAGGAUGCAUAUUCUGCAGGAGAACAUGCUUGGCGGAAAAGGGAAUUUAAAAGUUCCCAUCUUUUGACACGGGUGGCCUGUCAGGUUUUGUUGGGCUGCAGUUUCCAUCAGCCCCGGCUGGCGAGGCCAAUGGUCAGGGUUGAUGGGUGAUAUAGUCUAGCAAGAUCUGAAGGGUCACCAUUCCCCAACCUCUAUUUUAAAAUACUGUAUUUUUCGUUCUAUAGGACGCACCGGACAAUAGGACGCACCUUGUUUUAGAGGGGGGAGAACAAGAAAAAAAAAUUCUCCUCCUCUCUGCCCAGCGCCCCUUCAGCGAAGCGGCAGGAGGCGCUGCGCAGAGAGGGGGAGAAUUUUCCCCCUCUUGUUUUCCCCCUCUAAAACAAGGUGCCGUUUAAGGUGCAUUCAGUCGCCUUCAGGUGGCUACCUUGGAAGCCUGGAGAGCGAGAGGGGUCGAUGCACACCGACCCCUCUCACUCUCCAGGCUUCAGGUUCCUUUCGACCUGCUCUUUGGGGCUGGCGGGGGGAAGCCCACCACCAGCCCCAAAGAGCAGGUCGGGAAGCAGCGGAAAGGCACGCAGCGGAGAGGCUCCUGCCAUAGCCGCGCGUCACCUCUCCAGCCGGGAGAGGGUCGCGGGGCUAUGGCUUCUUCGCUCCAUAGGACGCACACACAUUUCCCCUUCAUUUUUGAAGGGGAAAAAGUGUGUCCUAUAGAGCGAAAAUACGGUAAUCUAGUCGUUCGCGGAGCAUGUUGUAAUAUUCGUAAUACAACAGCUUGGGGUCAUCCACUGCAGCUGACUAUCGGAACAUCCAAAAGGAUGGACUUCACACAGCACAUAGUUUAAUUCUGGAAGAGGCCACCACAAAAUGUGGUGGUGGCCACCAUCUUGGAUGAUUUCAAAGAAGAUUAGGCAAAUUCAUGGAGGAUAAGGCUAUCAGUACCUACUAGUUAUGAUUAUUAUAUACUACCUUAGUAUUGGAGGCAGUAAGUCCCCAGUUGCUGGGGAUCACGAGUGCGAGAAGGCUAUUGUGCUCAUGUUGUGCUUAUGGGCUUCCCAUUGGUAUCUGGUCAGCCACUGUGAGAGCAGAGUGCUGGACUUGGUGGGCCUUUGGUCUGAUCCAGCAGGGUUUCUAUGUUCUUGUUAAAUGCUGUGUGAAGGGGUAACAGCAACAGCACUGUGUUUAAUGAACUUGAAGGAGGGCCCUUCUACGUGGAUGUCUUUCACAUUGAUUUCACACAGUGAGAUAGGCAGGUACAAGUCCACCUCCCAGUUUACCUUAUCUAGGGUGGCUUUCCCUGUUGACCCUUCUCUUCAGCUGUUAUGGGAAGAAGAGACAAAAGGUUUUUCAGCCACUUCAGCAAUUAACUCCCCAGUCCUACAUGUUUCUGCUCAGAAGUAAGCCCAAUUUCCUGCAGUAGGACUUACUCCCAGAUAAGUGCAAGUAGGAUUGCACCCUAAAUCAGAUCUAAGCAAGCAAGUUUCCACUUUUAUAUUGGCUUGGAUGUGUCUGUUUGGAGUAAGCUGAACACUACAAACUUGCUUCUAUAAAUACAUUAUUUUGCUGUGAUGAAUUCUGAUUUCUUGGGUUUAAUAAUUCACAGUUUAAAACAUGCAUGCAUAGUUUUGGAUGGUGGUUUGGCGCUUGAUGAGGCUUGUAAAAUAUUCCAAAUAUUUCCCCAACUAUUAUUGGUGCUACGGUGACCAGGCAAAUGAGAUUUUGUCAGCCUUAUUCAAAACCCCUCCUUUUACACCAGGUAACAGAAAUGAGUGGUCACUUCCUCUCCUGAGGACAGAAGUGUUUUGCUGAAUCUGGGUUCCAAUCCCCAUUCAUCUUGAGCUCGCGCUGUUGCAGUUUAUUGCUACUCUAUUGAUCACCUGUGUCAAAUGGGAAGAGUACCUUCCCGAGUAUCUGGGUGGAGAACGAGAGAAGAUGGCAACAUUUUCAAUAUGCAACAGUGUGCCAGAUAAAUGCUACACAAACAUCUUAUCAACUGUUGCAAUUUAAUAGUCAUUUUGGUUGCAAUCAUUUGUACACCAGCCACCCAGGUGUUGUGGAACUCCAGUCCCCAUGAGCCAACAGGCAGGGCCAGGCGGUUGAAAGGCAUUGUCCCACACCUGGAGGACUGCAAAUUCCACGUUUCCCACCUGUGCCCUAAAGGUGUUUGCUAGCUGUGGUUGAUAAAAUGGCACCAGAUAACUGGCAGGGCAUUUAUUGAGUAGCGCAGGCAUAGGCAAAUUCGGCCCUCCAGACAUUUUGGGACUACAACUCCCAUCAUCCCUAGCUAACAGGACCAGUGGUCAGGGAUGAUGGGAAUUGUAGUCUCAAAACAUCUGGAGGGCCGAGUUUGCCUAUGCCUGGCAGAGCCCCCCUCCUGUGGACUGGGAACAAUGCUGCCUGUUCAGGAAUUGUCUACAGUAUAUAUGCAUGUACUGGUUUGUGAGAGGGGGCUGGAUUAUUCAGUGGUGUGAAUAUUGGCGCCAUGCAUAAUUUAUAUGAGCAAAGUGCCCCCUUCCCCUGGACUUUCACAUUCCCUGUGAUAAAUAUGGCAGUGUUGUCCUAUGUGUCAUGCAUAAACUCUGUGAAACCACACCUCACUCUCGGAUUAUUGGAUAUUCCUCUGCCUCUGCUAAGCAUGAGACAAAAUGCAGUAGCAAGUAGAGAGAAUGUCAACUUUGGCAAUGUGUCUUGCUCAGCAGGAAACUGGAGGGCACAGGAGACCUGGAUUAUUAUUAUUAUUUGUCUAGGGUUUGAUGAAUUGAGUAAAGUAACUGGACGGCUUGAAUUUACAAGCAGCGCUUUUACCUGCAGCUGACCUGUAAUUUUGUAAUAUUGAUUUAAUGGCGUGUUUUGUUGCAACUGCGUUAUUCAAUUUGUUUUAAGUUGCCUCAAGUAAUAGGAAAGUCGCCAGGCAAACGCAGUGAAUAAAAAGGAAUAGCUUUGACCAAUCCUGCCAAAUCGGUUGGGUAGGUUUGUGUUGGACAGAGGGGUCACAUAGUUGUUAAUCUGUGGGGUUUCUUGUUGCCAGAGGUGAUGCUGGCCACCAGCAUAAAAGGCUUAAAGAUUAGAUGCAUUUAUGGGUGGCACUGAGGGUUAAACCACAGAGCCUAGGACUUGCCGAUCAGAAGGUCGGCGGUUCGAAUCCCCGCGACGGGGUGAGCUCCCGUUGCUUGGUCCCUGCUCCUGCCAACCUAGCAGUUCGAAAGCACAUCAAAGUGCAAGUAGAUAAAUAGGUACCGCUCUGGGGGGAAGGUAAAUGGUAUUUCCGUGCGCUGCUCUGGUUCGCCAGAAGCGGCUUAGUCAUGCUGGCCACAUGACCCGGAAGCUGUACGCCGGCUCCCUCGGCCAAUAAAGCAAGAUGAGCGCCGCAACCCCAGAGUCGGUCACGACUGGACCUAACGGUCAGGGGUCCCUUUACCUUUACCUCUUUAUGGGUAUGCAACUAUUAGUCCCAACAGCUCAAUAGAGCCUCCACGUGGCAGGGGUAGGAUACCUCAGAUUGCAGAGGGGAAACCGCAGUUCUUGCCUUAAUGCCCUGCCUCUGCCCUUCAUGGAGGUUCCUGGCUAUCCCCUGUCAGACGUGGGAGACCCUUGCUAGUUGCCCCUUCAGUGUGACUCAGAGUUGGCAGUUCACAGAAACGGUUUGACUUCUUAAUCAUUUGGCUCUUCUCAGGAAACAAAUUGUGUGGAUUUCUUUAUUGUGGUUAUUAUUGUUGUUGUUGUUAUUACAGUGGUACCUCAGGUUAAGUACUUAAUUCGUUCCGGAGGUCCGUACUUAACCUGAAACUGUUCUUAACCUGAAGCACCACUUUAGCUAAUGGGGCCUCCCGCUGCCGCCGCGCCGCCGCCACACGGUCUCUGUUCUCAUCCUGAAGCAAAGUUCUUAACCUGAAGCACUAUUUCUGGGUUAGCGGAGUCUGUAACCUGAAGCGUAUGUAACCUGAGGUACCACUGUAAUUUGAUUUAUAUACCACCUUUUUUCAAAAGAUCCCAGGGCGGUGCACAACAUUAAGAACAUAUUUUACGGUGCAUAAAAAUAAGAAGCAUAAUAGUAGACAGCAGACGAGAAUGGUCUGCAGGACAAACUAGCAGCUGCUCUCCAGGGUCUCAGGCAAAGGGGUCUUUUCCAACUUUGGUAGCUGACCUGGUAAUGCUGGGAAGUGAAAGUCCGCCUUUUCUGCAUUCAAAGUCAUUUUUAUGUCACCGAGCGACAGAAUCUUCUCUUAAUUUCGCAAGUAUAAGCAUGAAGUGUGCUGCCAAUUUAGAUUCAGGGAAGAACAAUACGCCUUGGCUACUAGAAAUUCAGGAGGCACUAGCUUUGGGGGUUUCAAAGGGGGUGAGGCCUGUUCACAGGUUCUUAUAGGAUCAGUGAAAACAGUUGGUCCUGGCAAGUAUUAACCACUCCUCAAUCUUAACCUUAUAACUGCCAUUUGUCCAGAUUUUAAUUUGUCUGAAUUAAUUUUAAGAUGUAUUUUAAUUAAUUGAUGCCUGUUUUUAUGUAUACUGUCUUAUUUAUAUGAUGUUAGCCACUCUGAGCCCAGCUCCGGCCAGAGAGGGCUGGGUACAAAUAAAAUUUAUUAUUAUUAUUAUUAUUUAUUAUUAUACUGAGGGGCAGGUAUGAAGCAUGGGUAGGUCUUCAAAUCCCCACUCAGUCAUGAAGCUGACUGGGUGACCUUGGGCCAGUCCCAGCCUCUUAACCUACUUCACAAGGUUGUUGUAGGGAUUAACUGAGAAUGUGGGGUGAACCAUGUACUCCUUGGAGAAAAAGGUGGGAUAUAAACACAUUAAAUACGCCCUUCUUAAGCUUACCUGCUUAAGGAAGUCGGAGAGGUCAGCGAGAUGGAGAUGUCAGUUUCCAACCUGGCAACCAGGGAUCUCCAUGUGGUCGCAAUUGGACCCACAACAGUUGCAAUUAUUAUUAUUAUUUAUACCCCGCCCAUCUGGCUGGGUUUCCCCAGCCACUCUGGGAGGCUGCCAACAGAAUAUUAAAAUACAGUAACCUAUUAAACAUUAAAAGCUUCCCUAAACAGGGCUGCCUUCAGAUGUCUUCUAAAAGUCUGGUAGUGGUUUAUUUCCUUGACGUCUGGUGGGAGGGCAUUCCACAGGGCUGGUGCCACUACUGAGAAGGCCCUGUGCCUGGUUCCCUGUGACCUCACUUCUCGCAGUGAGGGAACCACCAGAAGGCCCUCGGAGCUGGACCUCAGUGUGCGGGCAGAACGAUGGGGGCGGAGACCGAGGCCGUUUAGGGCUUUAAAAGUCAACACCAACACUUUGAAUUGUGCCUGGCGCCUGGGGAAUUUCAAACACUGCUAAAUGACUGAGCUACUCCUGCUUGAGGGGUCUUGUCAUGGCUGUUGAAGUCCCCCAGGAUUAACUUCUUGGGAAUUCUCAGCGCCAAGUAAGGUAAGGAGACUAUUCGGUAGUGGUGCGGACAGGGUGCUAAAAGAAUCCCUAAUGUGCCCUGCGGCUCCAACACCAGGUGUGAACUGUCAAAAAUGGGAACCCUGUUGUACUGGAAAUCUGGCCUGGGAGAUGGUAUUCUGAGAGGGCAAAGUGACAUUGCCUUCCUGACCAUCGAGCUGGUCUGGUACUGCAAUGAAAAAUAAUUAUUCCCAGUUACCUCAGCGAGUCUUUUCUGUUCUAUUCGUGUUUCCAGUUGAAUCUCUCCUGGGUGUUUUGCAAAUUCUCAAAUGCCUGAAACGCCUUAACCUGCAGUAUAGAGCUGGCAGUGGAAUUUUUUUUACCAUACUUUGCACUCAGUUCCUAUACUAUAAAGGGUGAUAUAUAUAUAAGAGCAAGUUUUUCCACCCUUGUGGUUGAAGGUGGGUGGGUGAUGCCUCCUGUAAUGUAAGGAACUGAAAAAGCUUUCCAGUAGUCAAGGCACGCCCUCAGUCCCUUCCUGUUAUAGUCCCUUGAAUAUUAAAUGAGAAUAAAUCCUACACAAAAGAGAGAGAAAUAAUUGCAUUACAGUGGUACCUCAGGUUAAGUACUUAAUUCGUUCCGGAGGUCCGUUCUUAACCUGAAACUGUUCUUAACCUGAAGCACCACUUUAGCUAAAGGGGCUCCUGCUUGCUGCUGCCGUGCCACUGGAGCAUGAGCACAAGAGAUUUAUGCGUGAUAGAUGAGUUGGUCCCACACUCCAAGGAUAGCAGUGCGAAAGCUGGGUCUGAGAAAAGUACCUGUGAAGUAAUUAUGGAGAUAUAGUGGUACCUUGGUUCUCAAACGCCUUGAGUGUUACGCUGAGGUCUGUCUGUUUUUGCUAUUUAUUUUGCGUUUUUGUUUUUGCGGCUCUUUUCUGUUUUGUUGUUGUGACUGUGUGGAACCCAGUUCAGCUACUGAUUGAUUGAUUGUGGUUCAUUGCUUUCAUUUUAUGGAGCAAUGGUCUCAUUAGAUAGAAUAAAUUCAUGUUAAAUUGCUGUUUUAGGGGUUGUUUUUAAAAGUCUGGAACGGAUUAAUCCAUUUUGCAUUACUUUCUGUGGGAAAGCGCACCUUGGUUUUGGAACGCUUUGGUUUUGGAAUGGAUUUCCGGAACGGAUUAAGUUUGAGACCCAAGGUACCACUGUAGUGUCAGAAGUUUGGAUCCAGAAUCUCUGAACUAUGCAACAAUCCCACCACAUGUGAAGCAAUGGUUCAGCAUGUCCACAACCCUGCCAACAUAAACUGAAGUAGCCUUUGCCAAUUCUAACUAGGCAGGAGUGGAGUCCGAUGCCAUCUUAGCAAUGUUUUCAACGUGGCUUCCUGUAUUCUUACAGAGAUGGUUUUAAGUGGGGGUUUAGACCAUAUUGCUUUCCAUACUUGAUCCUCUCUCUGAAGGCCCAGAUUACUCUCCCACACUGAUUGUAGCCCCUGGGAAGAGCCCAAUACUUUACUAAGUAGAAUUUUGUAGCUAUUGAAAGCCCUACCCUUAUUAUUUAAAGGUAAAGGGACCCCUGACCAUUAGGUCCAGUCAUGCCCAACUCUGGGGUUGCGGCGCUCAUCUCGCUUUAUUGGCCGAGGGAGCCGGUGUACAGCUUCCGGGUCAUGUGGCCAGCAUGACUAAGCUGCUUCUGGCGAACCAGGACAGCGCACGGAAACAUCGUUUACCUUCCCGCCGGAGCGGUACCUAUUUAUCUACUUGCACUUUGACGUGCUUUCGAACUGCUAGGUUGGCAGGAGCUGGGACCGAGCAAAGGGAGCUCACCCCGUCACGGGGAUUCGAACCGCCAGCCUUCUGAUUGGCAAGUCCUAGGCUCUGUGGUUUAACCCACAGUGCCACCCGCGUCCCUUUUAGCUGUAGAGUGGUUUUGUACAAUUGCAUCUAGUGUGCCAGAAGUCCUUUUCAGACACCGCAUGGUAGAGUUUAGGCUUGUGAGAGGUUAUUGCCACCCAUGUCCCUUUACCCUUAUUAUUUAGGGUCUCAUUAAUACGAAGUAGUUCAAAGGGAGGAACCAUGGCUUGCUGCAAAGGAGGAGCAAAGAGGUUGUAUAUGUGGACAACAUGUUUGUUCACAUCCCAGCUUUAUACGCCAAGAUAUAGCCAUCCAAGCUUGGCCAAUGAGUUCAUAAGACUGGAUUCCAGUUCCCACAAAUGCAUGGCACGGGCAGCUGUAGCCUCAGGAUUGUACCUGCUCAGUAAACGCAGCAGGGAAUUCAGUGUGGCAAUGCAUUAAGCGUGUGGUUGAAUAUAAAUCUGGUUUCUGUUCUGUACAAUUCUGCAGGUCCUCACAUAGCGCUGACUCUCCCAGUGAAAGUUUAAUGGGGUUUAUUGGCUCUGCGCUCACAAGUGCCAGCAGUACAGAUGGUUUUCUUUUCCCUCUCCCUUCACUGCCUAUUUAGAUUUUGUGUUUCUUUUUCAGAUUAACGAAUUGAGUAAUGUCCCUGUCCCAGUUAUGUUAAUGCCAGAUGACUUUAAGGCCUACAGCAAGAUUAAGGUGGACAAUCAUCUUUUCAACAAGUGAGUAAUGAGCGUAACUUUUGAUCUGAUUCUUCCCUAGAUAGGAACUUCAGUAUAUAAAUAGCUGGUUUCUUUUUACUUGAUGUACAAUGAUGUAUCGCCCAUAAUUUCACAGGAGUCACUUUGCAAUGGAGGUGAGAGAAACGAGAAGCAUAGACCGUAGAGGAUCACGGUUUUAUAUACAAUUUCCCACGUGUCUGUCUGUGUACUCUAAACCCUGUUGGUGUGUGGAUAUGGCUUGGAAGCUGCAUCUCAUCUUUUGAAAAAGACAGGCCGUGAGAAACAUUACAGCUCCUAUUCAGGUCCAGCUGCAUAUGGCUACUUAUACGUUUUUAUGCUUUCAAGCCCAGUUUGAUGUUCUGAUUACAUUUUCAGCCUAUCAUGGUUUUGGACCUGCAUACCUUAAAAGGAGACCUCCUUCCGUAUGUUUAUUUUCACUUAACAAAAUUUAUAUAUCAGUUCUUUUUUUAAGAAAAGCUCUUUUUGGCUUGCAAAAAAUGUAAAAUGUAACUUCUACAGGUCUGGAUAGGCUCACCCGCACAAAAGUGUUUUAAGCAGAAGCCAAAAAGUAUAUGACGAAACUGCCACAGGAAGCAAUUGGCAAAAUCCUAAAACUAAUGAUUUUUAAUUUGUGGGGGAAUGAAUGGAUUUUAACUGAACAGCACCCGAGGUGUAUAUGUGUGUUCUUGGGGUGUUUGUGAAGUUCAGUGCAUAUAAAUAAACACCCCAUAUGCUAAUGCUAUGGUUUUGUGUAUUUCAAAUUCAUUCCAUCAUUCAGCAGUUUAAACCUGUGUUAACAAGAGACACAGAUACAUCUUGUAUUGCAUAUGGAAAGAGCUCUUACCGCUUUAGCUCAAGAUUAGCUUGCCCACAGUUUCCCCUCCCUGCCUCUGGACAGCUGUUAUAAAACCAAGGAACACUUAGAUUGUGCAUUUUGUGGCUACACUGUUCAUUAACCUUGCAAUUUUUAGCGCUUAGUGCUUUUCAACCGCUUCUGUAUAUUUUGACCAUGACGUUUUGGAAUCUGAUUUGAGGCCACCUCAUUCUGCUUCAGGAGACUGAUAUAUUCAAGGUAGCAUCUACCGUACCUUGCAGAAGAAACCAAGAACAGAAUAACUUCCCAUAAAAUAAAGGACAAUAUUUGUUUCUGUCUAAAUAUAGGAUUUGGGGUGCAGGAAAUUCAUUUGCCCAGCAUUUGAACAUAGGAGUGGGGAACAAACUAGCUGGGGUUAGUAUCCUGGGAACACUUAGUUGGGAAUUUGACCUGUUGAACACAGUGGGGAUUCCAAGUAAAGAGUCAUAAUACUGUGCUGCAAAUUGGUACCUUGCCAUAAUAUUUGUUCUAGGUGACCACUCCUUGUUGUGCUUAUCUUGCAAAAAUGUUUCAUAGAUGUUGAUGAAAGGGAAGGAGAAUUUCCACUGCCCCUUUUAAGAACUCUUCAGGGGGUUAUGCCUUCGUCUUCUGCAGCAGCACACUAGCACUAUAUUAAUUGUACAGUCGUAUCUUGGAAGUCAAAUAGAAUCCGUUCCGGAAGUCCGUUCGACUUCCAGAAUGUUCGAAAACCAAAGUACGGCUUCUGAUAGGCUGCAGGAAACAGGCAUGUAUGGAUUUGCAACAUUCGGGAGCCAAAACGUUCAGGAACUAAGCUGUUCAACUUCCAAGGUACGACUGUACUCUUGUACUAUUCCAGAGCAAUGGAGCAACUAUCUCCAGAAGUACUUUCAACAUUUGUGCAAGGGGAGCAUGUUGUUAGGAUAUAGUUCCGUUCCACCUUAAAAGGGAACAGGCAUGACUGUUACGUGUCACAUGCCUGUUUACUUCCAGCAAGUCUGCUGGGAACUUCCGUUUGCAUAUUGCUUUUGCUUUUAGCUGUUUUGCUGGAGACGAAGGGAAGCAGACAUGUUUUCCUUUGUUCCUGAACUAUGCUGAAUAAAUGCCUGUAAUUAAUGCUUACAUCUGCCUCUGUCCGCCACUUCUGCUGUGAGAAGAUUUAUUCACUCUGCUGAUAGAGCUUGCACAAGUCUCUAAACGUAUCUGAGGCUUGUGUUGCUGAUUGAUGCUGUUCCAAGGGAGACCGGUGAUCGUCUGGCUGCUGGCUAGUGGCUGGAGCCAGCUGGGGGCCAGUCUGCUGCCCCCGUCUCCCCGGCAGUAUUCCAACACAUGUAAUGCGCCCCAGUUCAGGUUUAUGGGAUGGGAUCUGGUCAGAAAUGUGCUGGUAUAGGUGCCAUAACUCCUGCAGCACGUUAAGAUUUCUGGCUGGCACAUACCUACCAAUGUGACUCUGCAGAGACACAAGGGGGAAAGACCUUUACUUGGUACAGAUGUAAAUGGAUCUGGUUGCUAUAUAAGAUUAAGCCAGUGUCUUCUGAAAAGCUGGGGGCUAUGUCUGCACAAACACUGCCAACUUCUCUUAAGUUGCUGGGCAGAGUGAAAAUGCAAGUCCUAACAAGAGUGUCACAGCACACAUCAAGAGGAAUCACCCGCUUGUCUUCCAUUGGAUUCGAUUGGCAGGAUUACAAAUCAGGGAGAGGCUGAACUUUUAUCUAUUGGUUACAUCAGCUCUAGAGAGUAUUGCUGUGGUGCGAUAGUAAACAUUGUCUGAGAAAAUAUGCCAAGAAAGGAGGUGAACAGGCAUGAUGCAAUGGUAAUUGGGUAGUGAUAAAUGCAAGGUUAUGGAAGGCUUUGACAAACUGCUAUCUAGCAAAAGGCACAGUAAUAAUAAUAAUAAUAAUAAUAAUAAUAAUAAUAAUAAUUUAUUUAUACCCCGCCCAUCUGGCUGGGCUUCCCCAGCCACUCUGGGUGGCUUCCCAAAAAAAUAUAUAAAUACUCUAAUACAUCAAACAUUAAAAGCUUACCUAAACAGGGCUGCCUUCAGAUGUCUUCUAAAAGUCUGGUAGUUGUUGUUCUCUUUGACAUCUGGUGGGAGGGCGUUCCACAGGGAGGGCGCCACUACCAAGAAGGCCCUCUGCCUGGUUCCCUGUAACUUGGCUUCUCGCAGUGAGGGAACCGCCAGAAGGCCCUCGGUGCUGGACCUCAGUAAUGAAAACCACAUUAAAAGCUGGAGUUGCUAUGUGGUUUCACACCGAUCCAAUUUAGUCCAGGGUUCUGUUCUCUUAUGGUGGCCUGUGACUAUUGUUCCUUUAUGAGCUGGCACCAAUACUAACAUAAUUGGGUCACAAGUACUACAGUGACAAUGUCAGCAUUAAAAAUGCAGCUCUGAUUGAACCAGCUCUCUCUUUGAUCCAGAAGAGAUCUCCAUCAACAGAAUGGAGGGGAGGGCUCUUUUUGCAACCUUGAACAUUGCCAAAUGCACCAGUUACUGCCAUGAGUGGCUGUUCCAUUCUUUGGAUGAUUCCUCAAGUGUCACAAGGUGUGAUACAAGAUGACAUUGACUGAUUUGUGGCAUGUGUUACUAGGAUAAAAGCUAAACGUGAACUAGCAUGUCAAACCACUAAGCGAUAGAGCCUAAUUAUGCAGACCACACUUCCUCCUUGGAAGCCUGCACAUGCCCAGGUCAUAGAACUCGUUUGCUACCAGCUUUGGGUCGAGUUAUAGCAAAAGAACAGUGACUGUCCACUACACAAAAUUAUAUGAAUUAAGAGGAUCCAGUACCAUCCUGAAAGAGGUUGACAUGAGUUUUUGCCAUCUUGUGAAGGGGAGAUCUCAAGGACUGCUCAUGAAGAGGCAGAAGUAAUGAUUCCGUUUUUUAAAAAAAGGUUUAAUGUUAGAGAACACUUUUCACUUGUGCUCCAUAAAGCAUGGAGACGGUGAAUUAGUGCGUAUAUAAAACCAAAUUACAUCUAAAUGCUGAAAGAUUGGAAGACUCAUUUUGUCAGAAGUCUUUUUUUAUUUAAGUGUUUAAUUAAGUAUUAAUUAGGAAGAUUAUGGGGUUUUUUUAUGUACCUAAAUUUGCUUUUUCUUUUUUCUCUAUUUUCUUUUUUCCCCUUAAUUGUUUUUUCUUUAAUUUUCUUUUUGUAGUAUGAGAUUGUAAAUUCUUUGUAUAAGUGUGCAAAUUAAAUUAAUAAAGAUUAUUUAAAUAAAAGAAAAGAAAGACAGCUUCUCUGCAUCUGCUUCUAGGGAGAACCUCCCAAGUCGCUUCAAAUUCAAGGAGUAUUGCCCACUGGUGUUCCGAAAUCUCCGCGAAAGGUUUGCGAUUGACGAUCAAGAUUAUCAGGUACGGAGCAUUCAAGCAAGCGGAUGAGUCGAAACAAAAGGUUGCAAUAUGUUGGGAGUGGUUUCUGCAGAGGGUUUUGUUCAGGGGACUGGGGUUUGUUUGCAGGGUGAGGCCAGGGGGGAAGUCCUUGCAGGAGGAAGCUUGCUUCACUGGAAGCAAGACAGAUCCAGCGUGAAGGAUGCAGGAUGAGCCAAGGGCCAAAGAUACUAGUCCCUGGGGCCAAGGUGGGAAGUAGCAGGGUUACUUUUCAUGGGGAUGAGAUCGGGAAGUAGGGAGGUUCAAUGAGGAGGAGGAGGAGGAAGAUAGCAGUAGGUGACCAUGCAAGCAAUGGAAAGGAAAGCCUGCAGCGCUGUGGCAAAUUCAGAAGUGCAGAGCCCCUUUAUGAUAACCACAGCCAUGCCUCUUCUGAGAUUAUACAACUUUCUAAUAUUGUACAAUAAUUGUAAAUUGUAAUUAGGUCCAGUCGUGGCCGACUCUGGAGUUGCAGCGCUCAUCUCGCUUUGUUGGCCGAGGGAGCCGGCGUACAGCUUCCGGGUCAUGUGGCCAGCAUGACUAAGCCUCUUCUGGCGAACCAGAGCAGCGCACGGAAACGCCGUUUACCUUCCCGCCGGAGCGGUACCUAUUUAUCUACUUGCACUUUGACGUGCUUUCGAACUGCUAGGUUGGCAGGAGUAGGGACCGAGCAACGGGAGCUCACCCCAUUGCGGGGAUUCAAACCGCCGACCUUCUGAUCGACAAGUCCUAGGCUCUGUGGUUUAGACCACAGCGCCACCUGCGUCCCUUCACAAUAAUCUUACAAUUAUACAAUAAUAGUAAUUAAGGACGCUGUGCAAUGAUUGGUGCAGUUCUCCAUGUGUUGCCUUUCAGCUAAAUCUACUGUAUUCUGUGCACGUACAUGGGCAAUUGAUUUAGAGUACUUAUUUCAGAGUGACUCUGUUGUCUGCAACAGAGCUCAUACACCGCUCUCUUGAAAUGGAAGUACCUUGUGUUUUCGGUGCCCCUAAAUGCUUGGGCUUGGGGCAUACAGGGGCUAUAAAUCUCCCCUUUUUUGCUGUUCGGGUGUCUCUAAGACAUUACAGACAGGGGCCCUGCUACAGAAAUGCUAACAGGUCUUUGACCCCGGUCCCAUGACCCUGGACCACUACACCACUAGGCACAGUGAAGAUCUGUGGUGGAUGUGCAGCACAGUCCAGAGUGCCAGCCUCUUCCCGGACAGGCUUGUGUUUGAGUGUGUUUUCAGGGGCAAAGGUCUGGUCUAGAAAUCGAUCGCUGCUCUGGAAUGCAAUCCUGGUAUAUAAGCUGUUAUGGCAGCUUUUAUGGGAAAACAGAAGAGGUUUCUACACCUGCAGCUGUUUAAAGCAGCUUUGGAAAGAUACUGAAUACCCAGAAGGGGUGUGUGUGUGUGUGUGUGUGUGUGUGUGUGUGUUCAUGCAUGGUGAGUGAGCUUUCAGUGAAGAAAGGGACAUGACGUUUGCAGUCUAUGUGCUUCCCUCUGUUCCCCUUUGCACACUCCUCACCCCCAAACCUUAGCUCUGUCAGUCAUCAGGGAAUGGCUUCAAACUUGGAAAGAAAAAAGGACUGCUAAAACUUGUUUAGUUGUGUCUGACUCUUCGUGACCCCCUGGACCAGAGCACGCCAGGCACUCCUGUCUUCCACUGCCUCCCGCAGUUUGGUCAAACUCAUGCUGGUAGCUUCCAGAACACUGUCCAACCAUCUCGUCCUCUGUCGUCCCCUUCUCCUUGUGCCCUCCAUCUUUCCCAACAUCAGGGUCUUUUCCAAGGAGUCUUCUCUUCUCAUGAGGUGGCCAAAGUAUUGGAGCCUCAGCUUCACGAUCUGUCCUUCCAGUGAGCACUCAGGGCUGAUUUCCUUCAGAAUGGAGAGGUUUGAUCUUCUUGCAGUCCAUGGGACUCUCAAGAGUCUCCUCCAGCACCAUAAUUCAAAAGCAUCAAUUCUUCGGCGAUCAGCCUUCUUUAUGGUCCAGCUUUCACUUCCAUACAUCACUACUGGGAAAACCAUAGAUUUUACUAUAUGGACCUUUGUUGGCAAGGUGAUGUCUCUAACUCUGCUAAAACUAGAUCGAGGUAAAAUUAGAGAACUGAUUCCAAAGAGUUAGUUAGCUACUUCGAUAUUUUAUUGCUAACCUUUCCCCUUGGCUGAGCAGUUAGAAUAUUCAUAAACAUUCCAGCCAGUGGUUAGUGGGGUUUCCUAAGGGGCAGCCAUUUUUGCUGGUUCAAAAUGCAUUCCUCUGAUUGGUUACCUUUUAAAGUCAGCAGCAACAAACAGACAGCAACUCUUGGUUUCAAUUGCAAAAAAAACCAAGUUUAAAAAUGGGAUGAUUGCAAUGCCAAGGAUCUGAAAGAUGAGGGACGUAGUGUUUUGCUUUGUUCACAGUUCUCUAUAUUAAGGGGAGUGGGUGGCGCUGAAGGUCAGCGGUUCGAAUCCCCGCAACGGAGUGAGCUCCUGUUGCCCUGUCCCAGCCCCUGCCAACCUAGCAGUUCGAAAGCAUGCCAGUGCAAGUAGAUAAAUAGGUACCGCUGCGGCGGGAAGGUAAACGGCGUUUCCGUGCGCUCUGGCUUCCGUCACAGUGUUCCGUUGCACCAGAAGCGGUUUAGUCCUGCUGGCCACAUGACCUAGAAAGCUGUCUGUGGACAAACUCCGGAUUCCUUGGCCUGAAAGCAAGAUGAGCGCCGCAACCCCAUCGGCGCCUUUGACUGGACGUAACCAUCCAGGGGUCCUUUGCCUUUACCUUUUACCUAUAUUAAAGUGCAGGCAUGCCAACAUAAUGGAGCUCUGUUGUGCACAAGGCCUGGCACCCUACUGGCAUGGCACAAUGUGCUUCCGAUGCAGCGUUCAAUGUCCUUCUUACUCCUGCAUCAAGUGAAGUUGCUCCAACUUUCACAGGGCUGGUCUGAAGAGGCGGCCGGUGCAUCUCCUCCUUGUUCUUCUGUUUUCUUCUUUGUAGAAUUCCGUGACGCGGAGCGCCCCGGUGUACAGUGACAGCCACGGCCGUUGCGGGGUCCGUUUCCUCACCACCUACGACCGGCGGUUUGUCAUCAAGGCGGUGUCAAGUGAAGACGUCGCAGAGAUGCACAACAUCCUGAAGAAGUACCACCAAGUAAGGGAGGUGGAGAGAAAAAGGGUGUCUUAAGCACUAAGCUGGCAUGACUGGGAAGCGCUAUUUCUGGUAAUGCCUGGAUUCUGGGUCAUUUCUCUACGGGAGCUUCCUGCCCUCCCAGCACUGGACAAGAAAGCAGUUCUGAUUAUCUGCUUUGCUAGGUUCCCGCAGUAGAGCCAGGUUGUCCUCAGUCCCACUGCAGUCUAAAUUGACAUUUCUGGUACUGAAUUGAGCUAGUUCCUGCUCUGGUUUUCCAAUGCAGGGUAUGCAAGGCUUUCACCAUGGAGCCCGAUAAGGUUAUCAGAUUUUUUUCAAAGAAUCCAGGGACACUAUUAUUAUUAUAGUACAUUUCCGAGCACAAUUCAAAGUGUUGGUGCUGACCUUUAAAGCCCUAAACGGCCUCGGCCCAGUAUACCUGAAGGAGCGUCUCCACCCCCAUCGUUCUACCCGGACACUGAGGUCCAGCGCCGAGGGCCUUCUGGCGGUUCCCUCACUGCGAGAAGCCAAGUUACAGGGAACCAGGCAGAGGGCCUUCUUGGUAGUGGCACCCUCCCUGUGGAACGCCCUCCCACCAGAUGUCAAAGAGAACAACAACUACCAGACUUUUAGAAGACAUCUGAAGGCAGCCCUGUUUAGGGAAGCUUUUAAUGUUUAAUGUAUCACAGUAUUUUAAUAUUCUUUUGGAAGCCGCCCAGAGUGGCUGGGGAAACCCAGCCAGAUGGGCGGGGUAUAAAUAAUAAAUUAUUAUUAUUAUUAUUAUUAUUAUUAUUAUAGUUUAUAUACUGCCCUAUACUUGAAGGUCUCAGGACAGUUCACAGAAAAAAUUCAAGAUAAAAGACCACAAAAUACAGUGGUACCUCGGGUUACAUACGCUUCAGGUUACAGACUCCACUAACCCAGAAAUAGUACCUCGGGUUAAGAACUUUGCUUCAGGAUGAGAACAGAAAUCGUGCUCCGGUGGCGCAGCAGCAGCAGGAGGCCCCAUUAGCUAAAGUGGUGCUUCAGGUUAAUAAUAAUAAUAAUAAUAAUAAUAAUAGUAAUAAUAGUAAUAAUUUAUUCUUUAUACCCCGCCCAUCUGGCUGGGUUUCCCCAACCACUCUGGGCAGCUUCCAACAAAACACUAAAAUACAAUAACCUAUUAAACAUUAAAAGCUUCCCUAAACAGGGCUGCCUUUAGAACAGUUUCAGGUUAAGAACAGACCUCCGGAACGAAUUAAGUAUGUAACCAGAGGUACCACUGUACAUAAUAAAAAUAAAAAGAACAGCCCAAUAGCCCCCUCCCCAAAGAGCCACAUUUUAAAAGGGCAUAGGAUGUAGAUCAGAUCAACCAAAGGAAAGGCCUGGUUAAAAGGAAGGUUUUUGCCUGGCGCCUCCAGGUGCAUAAUGAAGGUGCCAGGCGACCUUCCCUGGGCAUUCCACAUUCAGCAGCAACUGGAGGGCCACAGUCUAGCCAUCUCUGCCACCGGAAAUCACAGCCAAUAAAAUGCUGCCGGUCUCACUCUCCCAUAACUCCUUGCAAGCCUUUGCUCACUGCUCUCUAAACAUAUAUUGGGAGCAGCCGCCACAGAAACCCAAAUCUGUACUGGAGGAUGUAUACCUGAGUGUACGACAGUUCCAGGAAGAGAAAUAAUUAAUAGUAAUAAUCACUUAUCUGAAACAACAACAACUCCCCUGGGCAACUCCCAACAGGAUAUUAAAAACAUGAUAAAACAUCAAACAUUAAAAACUUCCCUAAACAGGGCUGCCUUCAGAUGUCUUCUAAAAGUCAGAUAGUUGUUUAUUUCCUUGACAUCUGAUGGGAGGGCGUUCCACAGGGCGGGUGCCACUACCGAGAAGGCCCUCUGCCUGGUUCCCUGCAACCUCACUUCUCGCAGGGAGGGAACCGCCAGAAGGCCCUUGGAGCCGGACCUCAGUGUCUGGGCUGAACGAUGGGGGUGGAGAUGCUCCUUCAGGUAUACUGGGCCAAGGCCAUUUAGGGCUUCAAAGGUCAGCACCAACAGUUUGAAUUGUGCUCGGAAACGUACUGGGAGCCAAUGUAGGUCUUUCAGGACCGGUGUUAUAUGGUCUCGGCGGCCACUCCCAGUCUAGCUGCCGCAUUCUGGAUUAAUUGCAGUUUCCGGGUCACCUCCAAAGGUUUCGUUUAUCUAAAAAGAAAUAAUCCCUUUGGUUUCCAAACUCUUGUUGUGAAAUGUUUACCUUUUUUUGUAUGUUUCUCAAAUAUACUUGCAAGAUUUGAAGCCGUCCUGUCCCUUUUGAUCAAGCUGUGCUGAAAUUCUGUGGCCUGAUUCUGACGGACUUCUUGUUCUUGUUUUCUCCUUGCCUCGUCUCCUCUUUAGUUCAUUGUGGAAUGUCAUGGGAAUACGCUUCUCCCCCAGUUCCUUGGUAUGUACAGGCUCACUGUAGACGGCGUGGAAACAUACAUGGUGGUCACCAGGAACGUGUUCAGCCACCGGCUGACAGUGCAUCGGAAAUACGAUCUCAAGGUGAGGGACGUUAUAACAUUCUUGCGUGGAGCCACAUUCUGCGCAUCUGACUGGCCAUCGUGAAAACAGGAUGUUUGGCCAAAUGAGCCGCUGGCCUGAUCCAGUGUGCUGUUAUUACAUUUUAUUACAUUCCAACUUCUUUCCUGUAGUGGACAGUCUGACAGUUUUCUUCCUGAGGAGAUGGACAUUGGAGGUGUUUUAAUUAUUUUACUGCAUACCACGUGAGAGAGAGCAUAGUUAGAAAUGCUCAAAUAAACAAACUGGAUGGGGAAGAGGGGGAAAGAUGCUUUCAGAUAUUUCACAGGUUACCCGCUUGCAUGUGGAUCCCGUCUCUCGUCAUGGGAGUGUGGUAUCCUGAGAAUCUCAGCUUUCGAGGGUUUGCCUGUAGGGUAAAGGUAAAGGGACCCCUGACCAUUAGGUCCAGUCGUGGCCGACUCUGGGAUUGCAGUGCUCAUCUUGCUUUACUGGCCGAGGGAGCCGGCAUACAGCUUCCGGGUCAUGUGGCCAGCAGGACUAAGCCGCUUCUGGCGAACCAGAGCAGCGCAUGGAAACGCCUUUUACCUUCCCACCGGAGUGGUACCUAUUUAUCUACUUGCACUUUGACGUGCUUUCGAACUGGUAGAUUGGCAGGAGCAGGGACCGAGCAACGGGAGCUCACCCCGUAGCAGGGAUUUGAACUGCCAGCCUUCUGAUCGGCAAGCCCUAGGCUCUGUGGUUUAACCCACAGCGCCACCCGCGUCCCUUUUAGCUGUAGGGUGGUUUUGUACAAUUGCAUCUAGUGUGCCAGAAGUCCUUUUCAGACACCGCAUGGUAGAGUUUAGGCUUGUGAGAGGUUAUUGGAGACCGCUUGAGGGAACCGAAUAUUAACACUGCGGUGUUAUUGUGCUCUGGCUUUCUUAGGGAUUUCUACAUUAGCCUUCUGGGGCCCCUCUGGGCCAUGUGAGAGAGUCUCCUGACCGAUGCAUAGAAUAUCUGCCUGCAUAGAAUUGCUACAUGCGUUAUGCACGUGGUAGCCAGAAGUUAAAUAUUUGUGUACUAAGUUCCUGCACUUGUAUGUCACAUGUGCAACCGUAUUUCACAUAGCCCCCCCCCCAACUUUUAAGCAAUUUUAACACCCAAAUUUUCAUCCCACUGGUUGCAUAAAAUGGGUUUGCUUUUUUGUUGUUAAUACUGUGAAUUUGGUUUUAAGUCUCUCUGUCUCUCACUGCUGGAAAUCUUCAGAAAGGCUCUCGGUUAUCUAAGGUUCAACACUGGGGGCUAUAUUUUCUUGAAAUACUAAGUUUAUUGGCUCUAAAAUAGGUCUCCACCCCUUUUCUCUCCAGGGUUCAACGGUAGCAAGGGAAGCCAGCGACAAGGAAAAGGUAAGAGCAGCGGUCGGGGAAGGCAUUCUGAAUAAAUCUACAAAUGUCGCUGCUGUGGCUAUAAUUCUGGUAGGCUUAGAGGAAAGGGGGUGCAGUUCCCCCUUAGCUUCAGAAUUGUGUGCUGGGCAUUGGAGAGGUGGCUGAAUAGCUGUAUAGCUGCAUCUCCCCAUUUAACUCAUAACUUUUGAUUGCCAAUGUUAGAGAGAGCAGGGAGCAACAGCCUCUCUUGAAGUUUCAUUCUGUUGAUUUUAAAUAAAAGAGUGAAUCAGAGGGAGAGACAGAAAUGGGUAUAGCAGAGAGAGAAAGAAGGAGAAAAGGGGAAAGGGGUAUAGCAGAGAGAAAUGGAUGAGAGGGAGAUACGGAAUGCUCCCAUCUUUGGCUGUGGUCCCAGUGUGGUGUAGUGGUUAAGAGUGGUGGACUCGUGAUCUGGUGAACCGGGUUCGCGUCUCCGCUCCUCCACACAGCUGCUGGGUGACCUUGGGCUAGUCACACUUCUCUGAAGUCUCUCAGCCCCACUCACCUCACAGGGUGUUUGUUGUGGGGAAGGAAGGGAAAGGAGAAUGUUAGCCGCUUUGAGACUUCUUCGGGUAGUGAUAAAGCGGGAUAUCAAAUCCAAACUCCUCCCACCCGCUGUUAGCAUAUGGUCCCUACUGGAUUGCUCCCAAGGGUAUGCAGCCCUGGACGGGGGGGGGGGGGAGGUUGCUUACCCUUGCAUUAAUCACCAGACUAGCCAACUAAUAUUUCAGCUCGUUUAAUAAAUGAGGACCCCUUUCGAUGGGUGACAGAGAAAAGGGCACCCUAGUUUGGUUAUCAAGGCUGUUUCCUGGUAAUUGUGGUUGCUGGAUAUAUGUGGACUGUGCAGCUGGUAUGCUUCUAGAAAGUUGCUCCUCCCCAAACCAGAGGAUCUGAUCCAAUUUGGCUGGACUUGAGAGACCCGUUUGAGCCAUAAGAUUGGGCAGGCAGUGGGGGGGAGUAAGUGAGUAAGUAAGUAAGGUCAGGUGGAGAUCUCCAAUGACUGGAUAGUCCAAAGGGCAGUUGGUUGCCUACCUCGCCUGUCCAGGCCUUUCAAACUCUGUGUGUGUGUGUGUGUGUGUGUGUGUGUGUGUGUCUCAUCCAGGAUUAUUCUUCUUUGUAAUUAUAAGCAAACAUAAUUCCUAUGGCUUCCCUUCCACCUCCCAAAUUAUGCUAGAUAUAUGUUUGCCUCCAGUGAGCGGGUGUGUAUGUGUCUUAAACGGCUUCCUUCAUGUUAGAAACGAGAAUCUUAUCAAAUGCCUGAAAUGAUUUCUUUUUUUAAUGCAAUGUUUUAUUUUUCCAUUUGGUUAUUUAAGAAGUAUUUUAAUUCUCCUCCCUCAUUCUGUCCUGUUUUUCGUACUAAUCCGGAAAAGCCAGAUGGCUUUUCUCCUAUUUUAGGGAUUGCCAGUUGAUUAGAUAUUCAGAUUACCAAAUAUUUUUAACCUGACGGGAGUAUAAACCUUUCAGACUGUGCAUCAGAGCCCUAAAAAGUCGUACCAAAAAUGUCUUUUGGGACCGUCCUUUUCUGCUGUUGGGGGAUGCUCACACCCAUCGUAUUGGUGGUACGUCCAAAAGAACGCUUAAGAAUCAACAAGUGUUUUUUGGGAUUUCGAUUCUCAGUUGAUUUUUGAAAAUCAAACUUUUGUGAUUGCAGGUUAUUGAAAAUGGCAUUUAACCUUGCCAAAUAAGCAGUUGCCCCAGAAGAUCACGAGCAGUGCAGUGGGAAGAAGUCUUUUCACUCACACCUAAGGAAGUUGCGGAAGAAAUAAAAUUGCCCAUUUGGCUAUAGUUGUUAGCGUACCUGCUAACUUUUGAAAAAUGCAGAAGAGGAAGAUCUAGGCUUCCGCCCAUGAUCUUGAGGCCCUCAUCAGCGCUAGUACUUGAGCCCACGGUAGAUACAAUAUUCAUUUUUGAUGAAUAUUGGUGAUGAAGAUUCAGAUGAAGAGAUAUAUGUGAGUAAGAGAGUCAAAUGGGUCAUAUUCCUAUAUCUGUACUAAGAGCAGUUAAAGGUAAAGGUAAAGGGACCCCUGACCAUUAGGUCCAGUCGCGGACGACUCUGGGAUUGCGGCGCUCAUCUCGCUUUAUUGGCCGAGGGAGCCGGCGUAAGCUUCCGGGUCAUGUGGCCAGCAUGACUAAGCCGCUUCUGGCAAACCAGAGCAGCGCACGGAAACGCUGUUUACCUUCCCGCCGGAGCAGUAUCUAUUUAUCUACUUGCACUUUGACGUGCUUUCAAACUGCUAGGUGGGCAGGAGCAGGAACCGAGCAACGGGAGCUCACCCCGUCAUGGGGAUUCGAACCGCCGACCUUCUGAUCGGCAAGUCCUAGGUUCUGUGGUUUAACCCACAGCGCCACCUGCGUUAAGAGCAGUUAAGAUGCUACAUAUAAGGCUGUAGGAUUUUGAUAUUCUGCUUUGUGCAGAUUUUGACCUAAGAAUUCUGAACACCUGAACCCUUUUAGCUGUUCCUAAUAUCUGGCUGCCAGGCGCCUAGACAGAUAACUCUGGGAAACUCCCAACCAGAAUAUCUUCCCUUUCUCCUUGUCUCCAGAAUCAGCUGAUCCAAGAGCUUGUCCCUAAACAGGAAAGUUCUAUUUCUGGCUAGCGUUGUUGAAAGCCAGCAAUAAGGGUUUUGUAGACAGGCCACUUUGACCCGUCUGCAAGGCUACACUGUCAUUCUUGAGAUGGGGAAGAGAGAACUUGCACCCAGGACUCGUGUACUAAGUGUGGCAGCACUGUGGCUUUUUAUAGUCCCAACAAACCAGAGGAAACCAAAAUUUCCCCAGGGUUGGAAAAGUCACCCUGCAGCCUCAGAAGACAUUACAGCCCUUGGUGCCCUUCAGUCUGUUGCCAGAAGAGUUGUGCCAUGUGCGUCAGAGAGAGCAUUGUUCUGGGUGUUUGAGCUUUAGCCCCCAGUAGCUCCCGGGCCGAUAAUUCCCGUUGUAUAUUUCAUCCCCUCCCUAAAUGCUUCCAGCGUCGAAUUUGCCUUUCCCAUCACCUCAGAGAGCUGACAGUUUUCGGUGAGCAUCCUGUUAUGACCAAGGCCUCUUUCCUGGAUAGAUGUGACCUCUUUGGAUCUCAUCCAGCCUCGACGUGAAAUUGAGGGAUUUAUAUAUAUUUUUUGCACUUAUUCCAGUUCCAUCUUCUCUCUAGGCCAAGGACCUGCCGACCUUCAAGGACAACGACUUUCUGAACGAAGGCCAAAAGCUCCACGUUGGAGAGGAAAGCAAAAAGAACUUUUUGGAGAAGUUGAAGCGAGACGUCGAGGUAGGGUUUGCUGAGCGAAAAUGCGAACGAGUGAAAAGCUUGUCCACAAACCUGGAUAGGAUAGAAGGGGCAUCUUUGCAGACUCAUUUCACCCCUGUAAGUUAGAAUGCUUAUAGACAUGAAUUGAAGUACCAUAUAUACUUGAGUAUAAGCCGACUUUUCCAGCACAUUUUUUAUGCUGAAAAAGCCCCCCCUCGGCUUAUACUCGAGUGAGGCAGGCGGCGGAGGGACGAGCAGCCCAAAAGGAGCCCUUUCAGGCUGCUUGUUCUUCCUCCACCGCUGCCGCCACCACCAGGUUUGUGGUGUGGUAAACUGGCUUAUACUCGAGUCAAUAAGUUUUCCCAGUUUUUUGUGCUAAAAUUACCGUAUUUUUCGCUCUAUAGGACGCACUUUUCCCCCUCCAAAAAUUAAGGGGAAAUGUGUGUGCGUCCUAUAGAGUGAAUGCUGGCUGCGUGGCUAAGCCCAAAGCCAGAACAGGGAGGUGGAGCGCUGUUCUAGCUUGGGGAUGGCUGCGUGCAAAGCCUCUGCAGGGCAGCGGGGUGCCUUCACCCCGCUGCCCUGCAGAGGCUACAAAGGCUGUUCCCAAGUCAGAACAGUGAGACGGAGGGCUCCGUCUCGCUCUUCUAGCUUGGGGAUGGCUGUGCAAAGCUAUCCCUGAAGCCUUUGGAGCACAGCGGGACCUUGCGCUGUGCUCCAAAGGCUUCAGGGAUCUUUGAGGCUGGCGGUGGGGGAAAGCAGCGCCUCCCCCCCACCGCCAGCCCCAAAGAGCAGGUCGAAAGGAACCUGAAGCCUCCGGAGCCCAGCGGGAGCUCCCCCCCGCGCUCCAGAGGCUUUGGGUUGCCUUCACUGAAGAAUGGAGAGCGAGAAGGGUCAGACCGACCCCUCUUUCUCUCCAGGCUUCCAAGGUAGCCGCCCAAAGCCUCCGGAGGCUUUGGAUAAAUGCACCUUGAACGCACCUUGUUUUAGAAGGGGAGAACAAGAGAAAAAAAUUUUUUUCCCCUGUUCUCCCCCUCCUAUGGUCCGGUGCGUCCUAUGGUCUGGUGCGUACUAUAGAACGAAAAAUACGGUAGGUGCCUCGGCUUAUAUUCGGGUCAGCUUAUACUCGAGUAUAUACGGUAUGUUUGAAUUCGAGCUUUGAGUGAGGCCAGAGUGCCCGCUCACCCAGGGUUUCAUUUGCUGUCUUCCUGAGCAUUUGGUGCUUGGGCUCAGAGGUGGACAAGUGCCUUCGGCUGGUGAUUAAUUGUCUGACAGCAGGAUGACUAAAAGCCAAUAGUCAGGAACGCAGAAGGUAGAUGCAGUGGUCUCCCUCAAGGACAAAUUGCCCGGGCUGGACAAAGGCAGGAGUUUUGUAUCAGCCAGUCAGUGGCACUGGAGUGGUUAUCUGGUGUCACCUGACUUCCCAGACAUAAGAGGAUUGUGGGCUGUUGUGCGACUGUUCCAGCCAGAACCAUGUGCAGUCCUGACCAGGUGGCAACAAGAACUCUGUUUUUGAUGCACCGGUUUGAUCCUGGCAGCUCCCGAGGGCAUGAUUCUCUGCCUCUUUCCCGUCAGCCUCCUCUGGGUUCAAAUACUGUAUUUUUCGCUCUGUAAGGCGCACCAGACCACAAGAUGCACCUAGUUUUUGGAGGAGGAAAACAAGGAAAAAAAUAUUCUGAAUCUCAGAAGCCAGAACAGCAAGAGGGAUCGCUGCGUAGUGAAAGCAGCAAUCCCUCUUGCUGUUCUGGCUUCUGGGAUAGCUGCACAGCCUGCAUUCACUCCAUAAGAUGCACACACAUUUCCCCUUACUUUUUAGGAGGGAAAAAGUGAGUCAUAGAGCAAAAAAUACAGUAACUGCCCUUCCUCUGCGCUCCUGGUAGGAUUGGGCCAACACAAAAAAGCAGCACAAUCGCCUGACCUCAAAGAGGUGAAGCCCAGCCUCUCCUCAGAGUUUGCCUCCUUUCAAUUUUCACCCUGGAAGAGAGAGAGAGAGAGUGUACACACCCUGGAAGUGUGUGUGUGUGUUUGUGUGUGUGUGUGUGUACAUACACACGCACACACAUAUACACAUACAUUAUGUACACACACACACACACACACACAUAUAUAUAUAUAUAUAGGGGGUGUGAACGAAGUGUUCCUCCAGUCUUAAUUCCAGAAUAAAGUUUGCCUUUGCCUUUGUCAUUUGCUGGUAUGGAGAAUGGGGGCUUUUGGAGCAAAAGGGUGAAUUUGGUAGGUACGUUCUGAAUUGAUUCUAGAGAGUGAAAACAGGACAAAAGGAAGGAUUAGGAAGAAUGGAAAGGUACGGGAGUAUGCAGGAGUCCAGGGUAAGAGGUCUAGAGUCUUGAAGCUGAUGCGGGGAGUUUGAAAAGGAUCAUAGUUUGAGAUCAGAGCAGUUGGAGACAGAGAGAGAGAGAGAGAGAGAGAGAAUGUCUUUCUGUUGGCUUCCAGUUUCUCGCUCAGCUGAAGAUCAUGGAUUACAGUUUGCUGGUGGGGAUUCACGACGUGGACCGUGCUGAGCAAGAAGAGAUGGAAGUUGAGGACCGGGCAGAAGACGAAGAAUGCGAAAACGACGGCAUUGGUGGGAACCCCAUUGGCUCUUACGGGACCCCGCCUGACAGUCCCGGCAACCUUCUCAACUUCCCCCGGUUUUUUGGGCCUGGGGAGUUUGAUCCCUCUGUGGAUGUCUACGCUAUGAAAAGCCAUGAAAGUGAGUAUUUGGGUUCAGUGUGGGUGAAUAGGGUGGAAAGGAGGAGAUGGGAAGCCCAGUCUAAAGUCCUCUGGAUGGAAGCCAGAGUGUUGUGUUGAUAGGUUCCCGGACCACAGGCUUUAUGGCUUUAAAGGUCGGCACCAGCUUUUUGAAUUGUGCUCGGAAACGUACUGGGAGCCAAUGUAGGUCUUUCAGGACCGGUGUUAUGUGGUCUCGGCGGCUGCCCCCAGUCACCAGUCUAGCUGCUGCAUUCUGGAUUAGUUGUAGUUUCAGAGUCACCUUCAAAGGUAGCCCCAUGUAGAGCAUGUUGCAGAAGUCCAAGCAGGAGAUAACCAGCGCAUGCACCAGUCUGGCGAGACAGUGCGCAGGCAGGUAAGGUCUCAGCCGGCGUACCAUAAUGUGUACAUGUCUUCACAAACCAGUGAUGGGAGUGCACUGGAUAGGAAGCAACUUUUAUGUGUGUGUGUGUACACACCCCUGACUUUCCACAGCAAUGUGCAACCACAGCAGGGAGCAUUGGGUCUGUUUUGGGGCACACUUGCAGUGCCCAUGGAUCAAUUGUAAGGCCCAGCAGGUCUGGCCAGUGUCCUGCAUAAACCAGACUGUGGCUUAGACUGUGUCCCAGAAUCCUUUGAAAUGCACACAGGUUUCUGUUUGUUAUGGGUUCCCUAAAAGUUGGAAAAUCUCUAAUCUUAAUAGCAUGAGAAUUCCGUGGAGAGAACUCCUGUCUCUUAACAGCUGUUGGUCUCUGCUAGGUGUGUCUGAGCAACACUUGCUUUUCAUUUCCUUAUUAUUGUGGUCCUUUCUCUUGCUCCACCCCUCCAGUCGAAAGCCAUUGGGGCUGGUGCAUUGGUAGUGGGAAGGCCCUUUUCUGGGGGGCGGGGGGGAAUCAAAACAAAUCAACUGCCAAUCAAGCAUCAUGAAGCCAAUUGGAGAGGCGCUGUGCAGAUGCUCAGAGCAGCUGCUGACUUCUGGUCAUGCUCUGCCACAUUGAGAUUGUCAGCAAGAUACUACAGUCAUCACCCCCUUCUGCAUCUGUUGGGUUGGAAAGGUGGCCUCAACUCACAGAUCUAACCACAAAAACAUUUGGUCAUACUUGAACUGCGCUUGCUAGCCAAAGAGUAGGCAGCCUGCCCUAAAUAUGACUCUUUGCCUGGAUUAACCAGUUUUUUUCCUCUCUCUCUUCCUCUCUCAUUGUAAUCAGGUGCCCCUAAAAAGGAGGUCUAUUUCAUGGCGAUUAUAGAUAUCCUCACACCGUAUGACACAAAGAAAAAAGCAGCACACGCUGCCAAAACUGUGAAACACGGGGUAAGACUAAUCCAUUCCUUUUGCUCGUUCAGAACCUAUUGCUGGAAAAUUUCAUGGAUUGCAAUUCUAGUGUUAAGGGGGGCGGCGGCAUUUUUCUCUCGUCUUUAUCAAUUAAAGAAGUCGUGUCUGUCAUUUACCGUAUUUUUCGCUCUAUAGGACGCACUUUUUCCCCUCCAAAAAUGAAGGGGAAAUGUGUGCGUCCUAUGGAGCGAAUGCAGGCUCCUUGGCUUCAGCGAUAGCAAUGCGAAGCCUCCAAAGCGCAGAAGGAGCGCUCCCUCCACGCUCCAGAGGCUUUGCCUUGCUUUCGCUGAAGCCUGGAGAGCGAGAGGGGUCGGUGCGCACCAACCUCUCUCGCUCUCCAGGCUUCAGGGAUAGCUGCCUGAAGCCUUCAGAGCACAGCGCGAGUUCCUGCUGCGCUCCGCACGCUUCAGGUUCCUUUUGCUGAAGCCGGGAGAGCAAGACUUUCCUGGCUUCAGCAAAAGGAACCUGAAGCCUGCGGAAACUUGCGCUGCGCUCCAAAGGCUUCAGGGAUCUUCCCCCCACCGCCAGCCCCACAAGCUCAGGGGGCAGCGGGAAGGCUGCGUGCAGCCUUUGCGCUGUUCCCCGACCUGCUCUUUGGGGCUGGCGGUAGGGGAAAGCAGCGCUUCCCCCCGCCAGCCCCAAAGAGCAGGUCUAAAGGAACCUGAAGCCUCCGGAGCCCAGCGGGAACUCCCGCCGUGCUCCAGAGGCUUCGGGUUGCCUUCACUGAAGCCUGGAGAGUGAGAGGGGUCAGUGCGCACUGACCUCUCUCGCUCUCCAGGCAUCCAAGGUAGCUGCCUGAAACCUCCAGAGCGCAGCAGGAACUCCUGCUGCGCUCUGGAGGCUUUGGGCGAAUGCACCUUAAACGCACCUUGUUUUAGAGGGGGGAGAACAAGAAAAAAAAAAUUCUCCCCCUCUUUGCGCAGUGCCCCUUCAGCGAAGCGACAGGAGAAAUGGAAGGGGCUCCGUUUCUCCCGCCGCUUCGCUGAAGGGGUGCUGAGCAGAGAGGGGGAGAUUUUUUUUUUCUUGUUCUCCCCCUCUAAAACAAGGUGCGUCCUAUGGUCGGGUGCAUCCUAUAGAGCGAAAAAUACGGUAAAUUCUAUUCAGUAUUGAUCCGGAGUAGAUUCCAAUGUAUAGCUAGCAGAGUAACAACUUAAACACGUUGCAGGAUUCCCAAAGAGACCAGAGGCAUUUCAUGCAGCAGAGCUUUACUGCUACUGAAGGCAAAGGAGCAGAAUGGUCACAAAUCCAAUACAUUCAGGAUUGGCACUGUCCAUAAGAAAUCCAGUUGCAGCAGACUUAACUUAAACUUAACAAUAACUUGUAAUAAGUCUAAACCAGGUGCUGGCAGCCUAAGGCCCAUGGGCCAAAAACGGCCCACGAAGGCCAUUUAACCAGCCUACGAGCUGCCCCCGAACUGACUGCUCAGUGAGUCCCCACGUGCUGUGCUAAACCGGUACGGCACGGGGCCUUUCUUCUGCGGCUCUGGAAAUCACUUUUGCGCAUGCCCAGAUGCCGGCAAUUGCUUCUGCGCAGGCGCAAUUUUUGGCGUCUGGGCAUGCAUGCGCAGAAGCGAUUCCCAGCGUCAUGCUGCGCUGUCCGGCCCAUGGAGGAUCUCCGCAGGAGUGAUCCGGCCCAUGCCGGCCCCUGGUCUAAACCUGAACGCUGCAUACAGAACACCACACCGAAAAGAAAGAGAAACAGAAAGAGAGAAACCCGGGCCUCAAAAAUAAAAAAAACCCGGGCCUCAAAAAUACUGUGCUACCUUGGUUCUCGAACUUAAUGCAUUCCGGAAGUCUCUUUGACUUCUGAAAUGUUCAAAAACCAAGGCACGGCUUCUGAUUGGUGCAGGCGCCCCAGAAACAAUAGCCGACAGCCACAUCAGAUGUUCGGCUUCCGAAAAACGUUUGAAAACUGGAACACUUACUUCCAGGUUUUCAGUGUUUGGGAACCAAGGCGUUUGAGAACCAAGGUACCACUGUACCUAAUUGCGACCUGCUUGCCUAGUCAUUGCUACUACUAGAGUUUGCCCUUUUCAUGUUCAGUGAAGAAAUCCGAAGAGUGCUUCCUUCCUUGCCUGGAAUUGGCCCUUUUAAUCAGGGUAUGUGUGGCAUUUGGAUUUUUCAAACCACAGGGGUUGCAGAAACAUAAGACUAAACGAGUGACAUGUUCAAGAAAUGUUUGCUAGCUCUACCACUAACCUUCCUCGUACUGUGGGAGCUGUUGUGCUAUCUUCUGAGCCCCACCCAUAUGUCAAGGCUAAUCUCUGUAGAGCAGCGGUUCUCAACCUGUGGGUUCCUACAUGUUGUUGAACUACAACUCCCAUCACCCCUAGCUAGCAAGGCCAGAGCUCAGGGAUGAUGGGAGUUGUAGUCCAACAACAUCUGGGGACCCACAGGUUGAGAAAGGCUGCCGUAGAGGAAGGGGUUGGCAUACCAGGACCUUGUGGGCGGCGGCGGAGUAAGCCAAUCGGGUGCCUGGGGCGGUGCGCAUGCCCUGUGCCCAGGGGCGGGGCCAGCCGCCCUUGGGGGCGGGGCCAUCCAGGGCAGGACGUUCCACAGGGCCUCCGAGGAGUCUGCCUGCCUCCUCCCAUUCAGCCACCCUACAGCUGAGGGGGAGGUGGCGGGCGGACCGUUUAGGGCAGAGCAGUGCCUGCAGGCACCCGAGCCACCACCCAAGAGAGACGCUUUGCUCAGGCACACUGCAGGCCCCGUGGUGGGUGCCGCCCAGCAGUUUGUCACCCCCCUCUCAGUGGUGACACCCGGGGCGACCAGCCCCCACCGCCCCCCUCUUCCUCCACCCCUGCUUGUGGGCCUUUGUAGGUGUGCCUGUGAGACCAUCUUGGUGACCCGCGGCCUGGGCCCCAUCUUCCAGCUGAGCAUUCAUUCUUGCUAGUCUCCCAUGGGUAUUCCUGCCCAGAGCUCACAGAGGAGGUGAUUAGAUACCUUGUCUGUAAGCGAACAUGUUUGAGGAAGCAAAACUCCAGCUUCUUUCAGUGGGUGAUUGAUGUGGGUCAGUGGGGGGGAUAUUAGGGGUCAGGCGAAAACAUUCCUCUUAUAUUGCUAAUUAUACAAUUUACAGCCUUUAAAUUGUGUAUGUUUGGCAGGAGUUACUGUUUUCAUUCGUUACUAUGUUGUAUAUUUUUGUGUUUUUGUAUUACAAGUCGCCCUGCGAUCCUCUGAUAAAGGGCAGUAUAGAAAUUAGACAAGCAAGCAAGCAAAUAAAUUGCUAGUCUUCCAGACUCUUUUAAAAAUAAUAAUAAUAUUUUAUCCCUUUUUUCCAUAUAGAAAGUUACAUUUGUAGUAACAGUUACCGUAUUUUUUGCUCUAUAAGACUCACUUUUUCUUAUGGAGCGAAUGCAGGCUGCGCAGCUAUCCUAGAAGCCAGAACAGCAAGAGGGACCACUGCUUUUGCUGUGCAGCGAUCCCUCUUGCUGUUCUGGCUUCUGGGAGUCAGAAUAUAUUUUUUUUCUUGUUUUCCUUCUCCAAAAACUAGGUGCGUCUUAUGAUCUGGUGCGUCUUAUAGAGCGAAAAAUGUGGUAUAUUCCAGUUCCACAAAACUGGUGACUUCCAGCUUCCAAACUCUCAAAGCGAUGCACGUUUGGUGGCAAUGUAGAAUUUGCUUUAGCGCCAACCCUUGCCCGUGAAGGGGGUUUCAUUGCUUUAAUCUGUUUUGUUUUCCAGGCCGGAGCAGAGAUUUCCACAGUCAAUCCAGAGCAGUAUUCAAAACGCUUCAACGAAUUUAUGUCCAAUAUCCUGACAUAGUUGCCUUCCCAUCCUUGGCAAAAAAAAAGCAGAGGGAGAAGACAAAGUGGGGGUGGGUGCAGGAUGUGACUUCCAGAGCAACAGGAACGCACCUCACUCUGCUGGGGUGUGAUGUUCAGUGAAUGUGCGAUAACCGUGUGACCUAGCAGAAAACUAACUCAUAGCUAUAGGCCUCCAAAUACUCUGCUUGACCUGGUGGAAAAGUGGAGGUUUCUCUCUCUCUUUCUCCCUCUCUCUCUUUUUCUCUCUCUCUCUUUCUUUGGUUGCGAAAAAAUCCAAACAUAAACCUGAGGAAUUAUCUUUGAAGAGUAUCACCAUCUCCUGAAGGUCAGGCGCAAAUGUGAAUAAAUAGCAGAAACUCCACAGACAUUUGUCCCUUCGAUUGGAUCUGCUUUUCUUCACUACGAGCGAGAAAAAACAAACAAACCGCUUGUUGCUUCUUUCUCUGAGAACUGGAUGGGAAUAACCGUUUGCCGUUUGGAGGGGAAACUGUUACAGCGAUGUGCAAAAGCCAUUUUAAGUGAAUUGAAACAGAGAACUUUCCCCUUUGGGUUACAUUUCCCCAUUAUUAUUAUUAUUAUUUUGCACCAAUGUUCAUUUCAAAAGAGAUGGGGUGGAAUACGAUGGCAAGUUGGCUGCUUAAAAAACCACGCAAGUCAAUGGGAGGAAAGGAGUUACAGAAGAAUUCUUACACCUGUCAUUCUGGAGCCCGACGAAGGCCCUUGGCAAAGAGACUGACUCCGAAGGGGGUGUGGCAACAUUAAAUCAUUCUCUGGACGAGUUGCAAAGACAUUUCUUUUGGAGCACCUGGACUCAGUUGCCUCUGUAACAUAACUGAUGUUCUGGCAGUGUUAAGCUAAUCAUGGUUCAGCCAACUUUUUAACCCUGGAUCUGGUUGUAAAUCCCAUAAGACGGUGCUUGCCAUGAGAAGGCCGCCACUUUUUAAAGCAGCGUAUUGUGUUGUGAAUCAGUGUGUUGGAAAUCUGUCUCCCUGGAGUUUUGGGAAGAACAUGAUCCUAGAACGUAGGGGGAAGAAACAUUAUAAAUCGAUGCAGCUGACUGUUCCGUAACCACUAAGAUAGACUGUCUGUGAGCUAGGACAGAACGUUGGAAUAAUUUGUGCUAGGUCGGUUUUCUUCAAGAAAGCAAACUGUUCUUGCCCCAUUUGAAUUGCAACUUCUUUUCUCUUACGUCUGCAGACAGUAACGUUGGAUUGAACAGCCACACUUGUUGAAACUGCCGAAGAUUUGGAAUGCAACGCAUUGAUUCCAUGUUUUAAAUCUUAUGUGGGGUGGGGAGGGGGGGGUUGUUUGUGGGUUGGUUUCUUUUUUAAGAUGGAUAUAACAGUUUUUGAGCCGUCACCUUGCAAUCAAGACACUUUGCUUACUCUGCCUUGAAACUGUUUCUCACAUGGCCUUUCUUACCCUGAAUGUGGUUGUUGGGGAGUUUGUGUCUUGUGCUGUGUAGUAUAGUUCUUGAUUUGUGGAUUCUGUCUUGUUGAGAAUGUGGUGAAUGUUUUCUUUCCUUCUUUCCCCGUUCCCUUGUAGUAUAUGCCCCCUCUUCUCUGAUGGGAUCCCCCCCGCCUCGCCCAAUUAAAAAGAAAAUUGAUUCCACAAUUGUAAAGACAUAGAAAGUUUUGCAAAACUUGAAAAUCGUGGAGUAUGCUGUAAAUAGAUUGAGGUUUCUUAAAAGCCUAAAUGAAACCUUGCAUUAGGAAUAGGAUAAGAAGGUCCCUCCUCUUCUCACUUGUGACUUUAAUUUAUCAGAUCAGCUGCAACCGUCUGCUAUGUUUUAAGCAUCGUGGGCAGAUCUACACUUGUCAUUUAUAAUGUUAAAAAUGUGUUAUUGAAAUGUGACACCAGAGGGCACUGCAGAGCAGAACUCCACCGGCAAUGCCAUUAAGAAUUACAGUAUAGAUUGUUUUAUUUAUAGAAAAUCAGUGUAGAUCCAGCCCAGCUGACUACAACUGGUUGUGAAUAUGGGAGCAUGUGGGAAUGGGGAUGUCGGCAGGUUGUAAAUGCUUUGAAAGCUUUGAAAGGGCCCCUUUCUUCUCUGGAAGCAUGCGCUCGAAACCCGUUGUGAAAUAAGAGCAUACAGCCUGGGAAGAUUCUCCACCCUUGGAUCCAUUUCUUGGGCGCUUGCAUCUCGACUCUUAAAAGCCAUUUCACCCUACUUUCCGCUAGGUUGCCAUUAGAAAUACACAAGCAUCCGCGCCAAACACUGGUGAAGAUAUUCCUACCAACGUCUGUCCUUUUCGAAGCUUGGCAGUCCAGUUGGCCCUGGGGUGGGGGCAGAUUGGAUACAUUUCCUGCUCAUGCUGGGACCCGAUCCAAAGGCCCAUCUAGCCCAGCUUCCUGUUUCUCACAGUUGCCAACCAACCAAAUGCUCCUGGGAAGCCUGGCAGGAGGACACAAGCCCUCUCUUGCUUGUGUGCCCCAGCAACAGGCACCUGGAGGCUUCCUGCCUCUGAUAACCAGAGGCCAUAUCUAGCCCAUCAUGGCCUAAAUAUUCAGUCUAUCAAACUCAAUCGGUAUACAGAAGCAGGCUCCCACACGCAUGGAAUGACCGUCCUGGGAGCUCAAGGCAAACUUCUUUUAUUUAAGUACCUGUGGCCCACCCUAUCUUUCUGCCUUUGUCUCUUCCCAUUGCAUUCCCAUUGACCUCUCUUCUGCCCCCCCCCCGAAAAUCCCUUGCUCUCAAACAUCUUUGUCAGUUCUGUUCUCAUCUAAUUUGCUUGAAGCUCCCUCCUUCAACACAACCUUGCUAAUAAUAAUAAUAAUAAUAAUUAUUAUUAUUAUUAUUAUUAUUUAUUAUUUAUACCCCUCCCAUCUGGCUGGGUUUCCCCAGCCACUCUGGGCGGCUUCCAACAGAACAUUAAAAUACAAUAACCUAUUAAACAUUAAAAGCUUCCCUAAACAAGGCUGCCUUCAGGUGUCUUCUAAGAAUCUGGUAGUUGUUUUUCUCUUUGACAUCUGGUGGGAGGGUGUUUCACAGGGCGGGUGCCACUACCAAGAAGGCCCUCUGACUGGUUCCCUGUAACAGUACCACCUCUCUCUCUCUCUCUCUCUCUCUCUCUCUCUCUCUCUCUCCCCCAGUCUCCCUUCAGAAGCCAAUUCUUUUGGCUUGAUAAACCCCUUCAUUCUCUUGUAAGGUGAGGAAUGUGAUCCAUGGAUAUGGGUUGUGUCUGCCCACCUCUCCACUGACAAAAAGCAAAAAUCUUUCAGAGAAUACACCCUUGGGGGCUGAGACAAUCCCCUCCGGUUCAUCCCUAGCCCAGCUAAAGCCUGAGUAACAUAGUCAUUUCCAUAUCUUGCUAGCCUUACUUUCUCCCUGCAGUCAUCCUUUUGCCUGGGGGGGCAAGCACUGACAUUUCUUUUUCCUGUCAAAGCCCAUGAGCAUAUACAUUGCUCUUUAAAAUAAGCAUGCAGCUCCCAUUUGGAGUGAGUGCAGGCAGCCAGUUACUCCUCUAACCAUUCAAGCCACCCCACUGGUAUCUGGGGUCUCCUAAGUGUCACUCACCUGUAGGCAAAACUGCAAGCCGUUUAUUGGAUGCUGUUUGGAGACCUAAAUAUGAGAAGUCUUAAGCCCAAAGAGCUUUCCAGGGGGAGUUAUGAGCAGGUGCUAGGUGACUUAUCCAAGUUUCUCCACUCUGAACCUCUCACUAACGCCCUUUCCUGCGCCAACCUCUUUGUUGAGACCGUUUACCUUCGCUUCUCCUAAAUUUGUUUUCUGCUCCGUGGCUAUGAAGCCCCUGUCUGUUUUUGGCUUCCUGCCAACCCCCAACACUCUGCCUCUUCUCCCUAAUUGCACCCCACCAGCAAACUUUUCCUCCCGCUCUCGUAGCUGUAGCCUUCUGCUGUGUCCCUCACCCGGUCCACUUUAAUCUUCCCUUUUGUCUCUUCUGCAAGUCCCACUUCAGCAAAGCUUCUCCCCAUUCAUUCUCGCCCCCAAUUACCAAACCCUACUCUAAGUAUGGAGCCUCUCAGCUCUGCUCCCAACCACUGCAUGUAGAUGAGGAUUCGGUCAGGUCUGCAUAUUGCACCACAUUAACUGUUGGCUGUUAAUGUGGAGCCUUUGGAGAUAAUUCCUGGACUCAACAGGACGGUUGUGUGGCUGGCCUUGUCUCCUCUUCUGCUAAUGUUGGGUUUGAUUGACAGGUCAAGGGCAGUUGGGUUUUCCCUUCCUCACAAAGCUUUUCCCUUAGAUUUGCCUCCCCACAGACCUCCCCUCCAAUCUAAGAGAUAGAAAUCUUGCAAACAGGUGAAACCAGGGCAGGAGACUUGAGAGCUCCAUCAUGCUGGUCUGAUUCUGGCCCACUGCCCAUUGCCAAUCUUCAUCUUCAUCUUCUUCCAUGCCGGAUUAGUAUCAAGCAUUUCCAAAUUCUUCUUCUGAUGAAUUUUGGAAGUAUAUUUUGUGAAAUAAGCAGAAAAGUGCACAGUUAGUUCUAGAAUGGCAGGAUAUUUAUUGUUCAUGGCAGAAUUUGAGUCACCAUAGUACACAGCCAGUAAACAUGAAUUAUGUGUAAAGGAUAUUCUAAUCAAGGCAGUUGCUUCUUUUGGUGCUGUGGAAGUGCCCCCUGCCAUCAUGACUACGAUAUGCUGCUGAAAUUGCAGCUGCUGAACAGUCUUAAUUCCCCCCCCUCCAGCUUCUCCCCCCUCCAUCAAGAACCUUUUGCUUUCCCUCGGAUUUUGGUGACCUCUGGGUUUCCUUUUCCCCCGAGCACCGACAUUAAAACUGUCUGCAUCCAUAACCAUAAGGAGGCCAGUGCUGUGGUGUAUUUAAGUUUUGUUGUGUAGCCCAAGGUGACGGCACUGACGAUGCAACUUUGCAUCCGCAUCAAGGGUGCUUAACUUUUUCUCUGGAGUCUAUUCUGAAACUUUUGCACUUGCCCUGAUGUCCUUUUCUAAGUGUGAGCUGUUUCCACGAAGGGCGCAGCUUGUCCGCACAGCCAGUGGGCUGCUGGCUUACUCUUGAACCUAACGGCCACCGGACACUUCUGUUGUCACUGAGCAUUUGAACACUACCCACAGAUUUAGUAGUAGUGAUUUAUAUGGUCAUUUCCCCCCAAGAUCCUUAAGGCAGAGAGAAGUGUGGAUAAGUGCAAGGUGGAAACAUCUGCUUGCCUGGACAGAACGCCCUUUUCAAAAGCCAGCAUCGGCCGUAAUCGGUCCAGGCAAGGAAUUGUAAACAGCCAGCACUUUCCCCCUGAGCAAGAGAGGUCAGCUGAGAGCCAUCUUUUCAAUCUCACACACACGUGCACCACAGAAGCAAAGUAUUUUCUGGCUCUUGGAGAACACCUUGGUGGUGCUUUCUCAAAAAAGAGAGCAAAAGGCAGCCUAAUUGCAAUUUCAGUUGGAAGGAUCUCUCUCUGUGUGUGUUAUGCUGUUUCUAUCUGCUCUCUUGCCUUGGGUAUAUGCUCUCUGGUGAUGCCAAAGCCUGAACCCUAAGGGGUUAGACAUAUUUGUUAAGGAAUCUAUUGGUGGCUACUACCUACAUGGUCCUCAUAGUUUAAACCUGCAUGCUUUGGUCAUCACAAAGGAGAAGAUGAGGUCAUCUACUCAGGAGAAGAAAAUCUUGAUGAGAGUUGGUUUCUGUGCAGAGUGAGGGCUUAUCCACACUUCCUCUCUUUCCAGGCACAGUCCGCACCUUAAAGCUUUGUGUCCAAGCGCUUGUUUUUCUUCCAGAGCUUUCUCCAUGAAAACCUGCUCUUUAAAGUUCAAUCGGAGCAAACAGCCAUCCGCAGAAAACCAGAAUUAACGUUUGCUCUGAUUGAGCACUAAAGAGCGAGUUUUUGCGGUGAAAACUCCAGGGCAAAAUUAAAAAAAGCAAAACGCUUGGACAAGGAACUUUAAACCACCUGGAAAGAGCGGGGACAAAAGGUAAAUUGGAUAAGCCUGGUGUUUGACAGCCAUUCUACACAUCCAUCCCAUGCUAACUUUUAGUGAUUUGAUGGGAGGUGGGUUAUAUUCAGGCACUUAGCACUUGAAAAAGAUACUGUUGUGGGAUUUUUAAGGGCUGGUGGUGGCAACCAAGUUUGUUUAAUCAUGUCUGCCUCCUUCAAAUGUAAAACGGGUUGGGGCGGAUCUUAAUUGAUUAUUGCAAAGGUCAUGGGUACCACUUUGUGCUCAGUUGUUUCAGCCAGUUGUUUCCAGCACAUCUGAGCCAGCCUGGGAACGGUUUAUGUUCGUACCCCUUGUUCUUAGGCUCCUGUUGUUAAAAACGCACAUACACACAUACACACACACACUUUGUAUGCGAGCGAGACAACCAACAAGCUGCUAUGCAGUCUCACUUGGCCCUGAGAAUGAAAAUCGUAGCGCAAGUCUGCACAGUGUCACCACACAGGUAGGUUUUUUAAAAUUGUACGAAUUGUAAAUGCAGCUCCUGUGUCCCUAGUCAGGGUGAAGGAAUCAUGAGCUGCAUUUUUUUAAAAAGCCUGUUUUUUGUGCUGCAUAUGCAGUGGACUCAAAGGUGUUUUUAAAGAUGUAUCACAAAAGGUUCAAGUAGCUGGUGACAAAAAAAAGUAAACAAAAAACGAUGAAAAAACGCACCCGUUUCAAUUUUCACAACAUUUUUUUAAAAUAGAGAUUAAAAGUUCAAUGUGCUUAUCUGUUUGCUAGAAGAAGUAUGAGACACUUAGUGUUUGGAAAUGCAUGCAUGUUAACAAGGUGAAGUCUCCCAGGUGGGACAAACGAAAUAAAAUUAAAACUUUGUGUACAGUU